AUGGCAACGCAAAGCUCUCCCGCGGCACUUGCCGCGAACUUCCACAUUGGCCAGAACUACACCGUGGUGGAUGUCAUUGGGGAAGGAGCCUAUGGGGUCGUCUGCUCUGCAAUCCACAACCCAUCUCAGACAAGAGUCGCUAUCAAGAGGAUCACUCCUUUCGAUCAUUCGAUGUUUUGCUUGCGUACGCUCCGAGAGAUCAAGCUGCUCCGGCAUUUCAAUCACGAGAACAUCAUCUCGAUCCUAGACAUGAUCAGACCGGAUGACUACGAGCGCUUCCAGGAGGUGUACCUGAUCCAAGAACUCAUGGAGACGGACAUGCAUCGCGUGAUUCGCACUCAAGAGCUCUCGGACGAUCACUGCCAGUACUUCAUCUAUCAGACUUUGCGCGGUCUCAAAGCCCUGCACAGCGCACAGGUGCUGCAUAGAGACUUGAAGCCGAGCAACUUGCUGCUCAAUGCCAAUUGCGAUCUCAAGAUCUGUGACUUUGGUCUUGCUAGGAGCGCGAACCAGCCCGAGGCGCAGGGCACUGGAUUCAUGACUGAAUACGUGGCGACGCGUUGGUACAGAGCACCCGAGAUUAUGCUUACCUUCAAGGAGUACACAAAGGCAAUCGACAUCUGGUCUGUAGGGUGCAUUCUUGCCGAAAUGCUGUCGGGCAAGCCUCUCUUCCCUGGGCGUGACUACCACCACCAGCUCUCCCUCACCCUCGAGAUAUUGGGCACGCCUUCUCUCGACGAUUUCUACGCGAUCACUUCCACUCGUUCCAGAGAUUACAUCCGGGCGUUGCCGUUUAGGAAAAGACGCGACUUUUCCAAGAUGUUCCCUCAGGCAAACCCGCUGGCUGUGGACUUGAUGGAAAAAUGCUUGACUUUCUCGCCGAGAAAGAGAAUCACAGUAGAGCAGGCAUUGGCCCAUGAAUAUCUCGCGCCAUACCACGACCCAGAUGAUGAGCCUGGAGCGGAUCCUUUGCCCAUGGAAAGCUUCAAAUUUGAUCUUGAGCCUGUGAGUUGGCCAAAUGGCUUCUUUGUCCCUUCGUGA